AUGCCUGGUCCAUACCUGAAGCAGUCGCUCAAGACUAUUUUCCAGAAUAAUCAAGAAUGGGUGGCCUCCAAGAGGGAUUCCGAUCCCGAGUUCUUCGAUAAGCUUGCAGCUGGACAAGAGCCCGAAUACCUUUUGAAUACGAACGAUGCCGUCCUGCCGAAUCCUCCGCUCACUAUAAAUAGAUACAUCGGUUGCAGUGAUAGCCGUGUCCCCGCAAACGAGAUCAUGGGUCUUGAGGCUGGCGAGGUCUUUGUCCACCGCAAUAUCGCCAAUCUCGUUCCCAACACCGACCUCAAUGUCAUUUCAGUCAUCAACUAUGCCGUGCGCCACUUGCACGUCAAGCACAUCAUCGUUUGCGGCCACUACAAUUGUGGAGGUGUCAAGGCUGCGUUGACCCCUGCUGACUUGGGAGUUCUCAACCCUUGGCUCCGAAAUAUCCGCGAUGUAUACCGUCUACACGAGAAGGAGCUCGACCAAAUCCCCGAUGAGACCGCGAGAUAUAACCGACUGGUGGAACUCAAUGUGGUUGAGUCAUGCAGAAAUGUUAUCAAGACUGCUGCUGUUCAACAGAGUUACCGUGACAAUCAAUUCCCGAUCGUUCAUGGCUUGGUCUUCGACCUCAAGGAUGGCGUGCUUCAAGAUCUCAAAAUUGAUUUUGAGAAAAUGCUUCAAGAUGUGAUGAAGAUUUACAGCCUCGGCCCCAUUCCUGCUUGA